AUGGCCAUGAAAGCUGCAUGCUUCGUGGCUUUCUUGACGGCUUUCGUGGUUUCUGCCGAAACCGUUGCCGGAACGGAGGCUGAAGCGUGCCAGUCUGGGAGCCUUAUCCAGCAACGCCUGGGCUCAUCUCACGCCGUGCUGCCCGAGGAGACGGAGGCGCCUGGCCUGGAUACCGCAAAGACAUUGAAGCCCUUAGAGAAGAAGAAGCUUCAGAAAAGGAAGAAGUUGGAGAAGAUGCAGAAGUUUCUGGCCGAGUCGAAGAUGCAAGUGUAUGAGCCUCCAAAAGGCUCUGAAUGCCACCCGACAGGAGCAGCGCUGGUGGGCGAGAGCAGGGCAAAGUUCGAACUUUUGUCCCAAAAGGCCUCAGCCCUGGACCUGGAUGCAGUCAUCGCCCGCCUCAUCGAGAAGGGGGACUACAAAGCCAAGAAGGCAAAGAGGGCCGCUGAUGAAUACCGGAAGUUCCUCGUGUUGAUGGGCAUGGGGAAGACACCGUUGGCCUCCAAGAUGGUCCUUGAUGCGUGGCAGGCCCACGUCAUGUACACGAAAAUGUACGAGCAGGACUGCGAGACGGUCUUCGGCCACUUUUUGCAGGCGAUGGGCCAGGCAGGGCAGACCGACGUCAGUGUGACCAAAACGACCAUGGAGGCGUGGAUGCAGAGCCUGAACGAGCCCGAUCCCAAAGAAGCUCUUCUGGCCUCCGACGCACGCCUGACCCUGGUGGCGCAGAACACCUUGGGGGAUCCGAUAGUACAUCAGGGAAAGGCUGAGGUGAUGAACUUCUUCCAGGGCUAUGAGCAUGCCGCCGCGGCUCGAGAGUUCCUGUCUGUGGACGGAGGAGCCUUCAUGAUCGAGGUCAAGCACGGCAUGCCCCACCCACGCAUGGGAAUCCUGGUUUUCGAGGUGAACCCCGACGGCAAGAUCCAGAACAUCAAGGUCUGGACGGGCGACCUGCGGGAUGACACCGCUGACUUGAACGACAGUGGCUUGACUGGCGUCGGCCUGACGCAGCUGAGGGCAGGUGCCUUGCAGAAGUGUUCGGUUCUGGUAGAGUUCUGCCAAAUCAUAAGUAGUCAACUUGGUAGAUCCGUUUGCGCUGGAGCUGCAGGCACGACUGAGCACACAGAGUGCCAGCGAUCGGGGAGCCAACCGUCGCUGCAGCAGAUGCGCAGGUUCAACACCUCUGCCGAGAAGGUCAAAGCGCUGGACAUGGGGGCGGCAGAGCUUGCAGAGGAGUACCGCAAAUACCUGGCCCUGGUGGGCGCCGGCCUGCAGCCAGUGCCAUCGAAGAAGGUGGAUGAUGCCUGGCACGCCCACAUGCUGAACACCAAGAAGUACGCCGCGGACACGCAGGCGCUCUUCGGCCACUUCCUCCAUCACGAGCCGGCCAACCUUCUCCUAAACCAGGAGGGCAUGCAGGAGCAGAAAUCCUCCAUGGACAACAUGUUCGCGAGCACCAAGAUGCAGAUUUGCGACUUCUACG